AUGCCCGGGCUGCGCCGGGACCGCCUGCUGACCCUGCUGCUGCUGGGCGCGCUGCUGGCCGCCGACCUCUACUUCCACCUCGGGCCCCGCGUGCGGCGCCGCCUGCAGCACCGGGAGCGCCCGCUCGGCUGCCCGUGCGCCCGCCGUGCCGCCUCCCCGGCCCCAGCCCCGGCCCCCUCGGCCCCGCGGCGGGUCGAGCCGGGCGGCGGCGGCGAUCCCGGCUCCAAGCUGCGGGCCCUCUUCGCGCACCCGCUGUACAACGAGCCGGAGGAGCCGCCGCUCCUGGGGCCCGAAGACUCGCUGCUGGCCGGCCCGGAGGCGCUGCGCUAUUACCGGAGGAAGGUGGCCCGCUGGAACAGACGACGCAAGAUGUACAAAGAGCAGCUGAACCUCACGUCCCCGGAACCCCCAGUGCAGCUCCGCCAGGACGCCAGCUGGGUCCAGUUCCACCUGGGGAUCAACCGCCACGGCCUGUACCCCCGGUCCAGCCCCGUCGUCAGCAAACUCCUUCAGGACAUGAGGCACUUUCCCACCAUCAGCGCUGAUUACAGUCAGGACGAGAAGGCCCUGCUUGGAGCCUGCGACUGCUCUCAGAUCGUGAAACCCAGUGGCGUCCACCUCAAACUGGUUCUGAGGUUCUCGGACUUCGGGAAGGCCAUGUUCAAACCGAUGAGACAGCAGCGAGAUGAAGAGACGCCCGAGGACUUCUUCUAUUUCAUCGACUUUCAGAGACACAAUGCGGAGAUCGCCGCUUUCCACCUGGACAGGAUUCUGGACUUCCGGCGGGUGCCGCCGACCGUGGGCAGGCUGGUCAACGUCACCAAGGAGAUCCUGGAGGUGACCAGGAAUGAAAUCCUGCAGAGCGUUUUCUUUGUCUCUCCAGCCAACAACGUGUGCUUCUUCGCCAAAUGUCCGUACAUGUGCAAGACGGAGUACGCCGUGUGCGGCAGCCCGCACCUGCUGGAGGGCUCCCUGUCCGCCUUCCUGCCGUCCCUCAACCUGGCCCCGCGGCUCUCCGUGCCCAGCCCCUGGAUCCGCUCCUACUCGCUGGCAGGGAGAGAGGAGUGGGAGGUCAACCCCCUCUACUGCGACGCGGUGAAGCAGGCGUACCCCCACAACAGCAGCAACCGUCUGCUCAACAUCAUCGACAUGGCCAUCUUCGACUUCCUGAUCGGGAACAUGGACCGCCACCACUACGAGAUGUUCACCAGGUUCGGGGAGGACGGCUUCCUGGUCCACCUGGACAACGCCCGGGGGUUCGGCCGGCACUCCCAUGACGAGGUCUCCAUUCUGGCGCCGCUCUUCCAGUGCUGCCGGAUAAAGAGGAAGACGCUCCUGCACCUGCAGCUGCUGGCCCAGGCUGACUACAGGCUCAGUGACGUGAUGCGCGAGUCGCUGCUGGAGGACCAGCUCAGCCCCGUGCUCACGGAGCCCCAUCUCCUCGCCCUGGACCGCAGGCUGCAGACCAUUCUCAGGACUGUGCAGGACUGCAUCGCAGCCCACGGGGAGCAGAGUGUGGUGGCCGACGGCCCCGUGGGACAGUGGGCCCCAGACUCGAGCCGGGCUAAUGCGACAAGCUAGGGGCUGGAGGAGGCACACCCCAGAAAGUGGACCAGAGCCGCGGUGAACUCCGAGUGUGGACCACCGCAUCCCCGGGGCCCCCAUACAGGCUGGGGCCUGGGUCAGGAGCUCACGAGACAGGCAGGGCGAGGGGAUGAUUCUGAAAGAGCGGAAGUGUGACCCAGCGAGCCUCCCUCCUUGGAGCACUGGCCUGGGUCCCCUCCCCCGGGAAGCUCUACUCCAUCAAGGCCACAGACACCUGCUGAGCCCACUGGGAACCUGGACACAGGUCUGGCCUGGAGGCCUGGCUCCCGGGACAGCAUUAACUGUCACAAAUAAAAUGACACGACAUCAGAUGGACUCCUCUAGGUGUUUACUAUGGCCACAAGGAUGAUUCCUGAUCGACACAGAAACAUCCGGCGUCUCAGAAGCAAAGAACGGAACUACACAUGGCGACUCUCCAACUGGUUUAAAGUGCACUCCACAGUCGACCCGCGUCCCAAUCACUGUGGCCCAGUCUCAACACAGCCGUCCCCUCUGAUUUCUCAGAUGUGUUAUCACAAGAGGUAGACAGAGGGAUCUGCUCAGG